AUGACGGCGAACAAUACUCCGAUGGCCUGCGCCACGUUGACGGAUAGCCAGGUUCGUAUCGUAAAGAGCCUGGAUGCCGUAGUUCCAUGUACGGCCGGGAUUGGUGUCAUGAUCCGGGAUGAGUUGCAGCCUAAUGCCGAUGAACCAGUCAUCAACUUCGAACUGCGCCGUCGAGACCCCUCCGAUGGCUCGCAGGACGACGAUAAGUAA